UCUCGCACAGUAGGCUAGUGACAAUAUUGAAUUAAUACAGUACAGUACAGCACAGGCUUAGCUUAAAAUAGAAGUUGUUUGUUUUUAGUUUAAAUAGAACUAGAAUCUCAAAGCUAAAUUAAUAUCUAACAGUUUUGUUUAAAAUGUAAUACUAGAUCUAGAUCUACGUGUUAAAACAAAAGGCACUCAAAAUCUAUCGACGCUUCAACUUUCUCUUUUAAUUAAUUUCUUGUUCUUUUUUUGGACAUCCAGACACCAGAAUAAAUCUUUUUAUGGCUUCUUUAUCUGCAAAUGAAACAAAGGUUGACAGUACAAGUAAUGCUGAUGAUGAGAAUGAUGUCAUCAUGGAAGAAAAAACAUCACAUCAGGACAAGAAUCCAGGAGAACAUCUAGACAUUGCACUUGAGCAUAUCGUGGCUAAAGGACUAGACACCUCUGAUAAUGAUCAAAAUCAAGAUGAGACUAUAGUAGUUUUUCAAUCCAAAUGUGAAAGCCAAGUAUUAAGUGAUGUAAUAUCAGAGACCAACUCAGACAAUGAAGCAAGCUCACAGGCCAAGGAUUCUCCUGUAUUUCUCUCAGUUAAUAGCCUUACUUCUUUGGACUCUUUGUGUAGUGAAGUACAGGAGAAAGAUGGUAGAGUUUCCCCUGAACAGAUUGAGAGUGGGACUGAUCUUGCUCAUGCAUUAGCUAACCCAAAAGAGUUAGUGUGUGAUGGCGGUGAUAACCAACACACACAACAGUUUGAAACUGAUCAAGUAUUACACAUAGAGGAUUCUCAAACUGGCUUCAUGGUUGAUAAUGCGCAGGUUGUAACACAUAAAACCAGUGACUUUAGUAAAGAAAAAGAACCUGAGAGCUGUAAUAAUACAGUAGGGUUGUACAUAGAUGGUCAAAAUGUGCAGGAUUCAGGAAUUCAUAUUGCUGAAAAUGAAGACAAUUUGGAUGGCACUAAAGAAAGUAAUUUAGGGGCAGAUUCAAGCGAAAUGAAGGAUGAUGUAGGAAUUGAGAUUACUGGAUGUGAGGAAGAAAUGAUAGAGGUUGCUAAAGAGAGUGUCACUGAGAAAGUAUCUUGUAGUGAUGCCACGUCAGAAAACUUAAUUUCAACAAGUUGUCUUGGUAAGAAUAAUAAUGAGAAUGAUGAAUCACUUACAGAAAAUCAAAGUCAGACAAUUUGUUUUUUAUCAGAAGAUUGUAUGGGCAUUUCGUCACUGACAGAAGGUGCUUUAGAGCCUGUUGUCACAACUGUGCAUAGUGAAAAUGUGAGGACACCUUCAAUUUUGGAGGUGGAUCAAUCUACUAAAAUGUGGAACAACAUUAAAAGAUGCAGGAGUAAUGGUAUGCUUAUAGCAGUAAGUCUUCAUGAUAUGUCUGCAAAAGAUUUUGCCCGAUUUCUUCCAGAACUUCAUAUGCUGGCUGAAAAUCUUGAAAUUUACAAACGACCAUUUAAGAGACAUAAUCGUAAGACAUCUAUUAAAUGGACGGCUUUCUUGGGCCUUGAUCAUUUUCAUCAAAUGACCACGCUUCUUAAUAAAAUGGGGAAAACAAACCUGACAAAGUUGAAACAAAAUGUGUCUUUUAAAUACAUAGGACACCACCCACCCUUAGAAGUCUCCUAUUGCCUAUGUUUUUCUAACAAAAAGAUUUUGAAUACUGAACAGCUCUCUGUAAAAGCCCUUUCAAAAUUUAAAGGAAACACGUUUUUUGAACUAGCUUAUCAAAAUAUGCCAGAAGGAGUACCUUCGGAACUUUUUCAGUACCUAUUCCCAGGAUUCGUUUGGUGCAGAUAUGAUUUUGAAAAACUCACCAAGUCAAAUCGUCAAACAAACGCUGUCUCCAGAAAAGGCUGCAAGCUGAUUUUCUACUUUAUGAGUGCUGAGGAGGCUGAUCUGUUUGAGUCCUUUUAUUCAAAAAUCAAAAUCAACAACCAAAGUCUCUCCCUAGAAUACAAGGGGUGUUAUCGUCAAUUCACAAAAUUCACAGAAAAAAAUCCCAGUCAAGAUAAAAAGUUGAAAAUUCCAAGGGGUCUACAAUUAGUAGGCAACAACCUUAAGCAGAAGACUAAUGGCAAAAAACAGACCGUGAUAUAUUCACCCAUCACCAUAUUAGAAUUAACAAAAAACCACUUGUCCAUGGAGGAUUCUUCAGAUAGUGGGGAGCAUAAGUCUCAUCAACCUGCCAGUAGUUCCAAAAGUAGUACUAAAACUAAAAAAAGUGUUGACAAAUCACAGCCUCACAAGCCCAGGGUACCAAAAAAUGAACAGCCCAAACUGGCUAGUGAAAAGCAAUCCAAAAAUGGGAGUGACCUCCCCAACCCAGGUAGUUGCGAUCGAUCACAGCCUGAAGACAAGCCAACUGACGAAAAAAGCUCAACAAAUACAGCUGUAAACAACAAUGAUACUGGGACCAGUCAAGUGGGACCAUGUAACACAUUAACUGGCCAGCAAGAAUUAUCCUCAACGCAUCCUGGCGCAACUCAAAGCCAGUUAAAUGCAUACACCAUAGGUCCCUCUCCAGGAGCGGAAAGUACACAGUUUUUUACUCCGCUGAACACACCAACCCCCACUAACCAAAUGCCAAUGUGCUCACCUGGAAUGUACUUUAGACCCAUGCAAAUACCCAUCAAUAUGUCAAGGUUCAUGCCUUCAUCUGGAACUAUGCAGGUACCUUAUCAAUCAUCUGUGACAAGAUUUCCACCCCCUGGGUACCCCCAAUAUACAUUUCCGCAAAGAAUGAAUAUCCAAUAUCAAAACUACCAAGUCCCUCCUCCUCCACCUCAGCAAACACAAACUGACGAUGCUAAAUGGGAAGAAGAAGUGGCUAAUUUUACGAAUAAAUUACAGAAAAACAGGCCAAUAAGGCGCAGUAGGUCGCGUAGCCCAAACAGAGUGCAUAACAAAAGGUUUUCUGGUGAUCACCGAUCAGGUAGCAGAGAUGCAUCACCACGCAGAAGCUGGUCUCGCAGCCCUGUUAGAUAUGGAAGAUACGGCAAUUUCUCAUCCAGAGUCCCCAGGCAUGGGAGAAUAACUUCACCACUUAGGUACGUACCAUGCCGUGAUAGAUCAAAAUCACCACGAAGACUUAGAAGGUCACCUGUAAGAGAUAGGUCGCCACCAUAUUCCCACAGGCGGGUAAGUAGAUCUCCACACUCACCACUGAAGAAGAGGCGCACAUCUGAUAGGGAUACUUCUCCGGCUAAAAAAAGGAAAGCAUCUGAUUCAAAGAAAGAAAAGAGUGUAGAAAAAAAAGCAGGUGAUUCAUCAGGGAACGCAGCUAAAACAGUUGUGAAACAGGAAAAAAAAGUAACAGACCCUUCGGAAACGGCAGACAGAGAAGUUAUGAAGGAUGGAGUUAAAUGCAAGAAGAAAAAACAUACAGAAGAGGCAAAGAAAGUCAGUAUAAUUGUUAAAGAUGAUCUGGUUGAAGGAGAUACCAAAGAGAGAUCAAUGAGGGAUAAAAAUAGACCCAGCCAGAAGUCACCAGAAAAAGAAAUUUUUAAAGACAGAUUCUUGAUGUCAAAAGAUUCAAUACAUAGAAGUCACAAAAUUGAGGAUACCAUUCCAAAUGAUGGUGAUGAACGUUCUCUGUAUAGAGAAAGUUAUAAGAACUAUAUGCAACAACCUUCACCUGAUAGACAUAUGAAAAACAGGUCUCCUUCCCCAAAGUAUGUCUUUCAUCCCAUAUCUUCUGCUUCAAGUUCAGCUACCAAAUCCCAUAGAGAAUAUUCACCAGCAUUAUCUCCUGUGUCAAGAGAGAGAGUAAUGCUUGAAGAGUUGUCCAGAGAAAAGCAGAAACUUGAAGAGCUGACCAGAAAAAGAGUUAUGUUAAAAGAUGUUCAAGAUCCCAGGCUACAUUUGUACCACUCUGAUGGGAAACAGGUGCCUAUGGAUUCAAUGAAGGGUAAUGAGUCCCCUGUACAGAAUAGGGAGAAGAAACAACUCAGAGAGCCUACUUACCUCUCUAAAAAGAAAUGCGUGGAGUAUGAUUCAGAUGACAGUUAUGGUGGUUCUGAGCAAUUAAAGAAAAAAUCCACACUGAAAGGUUGGGGGGCUCGAAAUAGACAUUCAAGAAGCAGAUCCAGUUCCCCAUCACUACAAGAAGAGGACCGGAGCUUCCAACAAAAAGUGAAAGAUGCUAUUGCAAGAAAAACAGAAACCCCAUCUGAUGCAGCAGUUGACUACAUUUUUGAGAUUCUAAGUGAAAUUGCAUCUUCUGACAGGGAGGAGUUUCCUCAUCUUACAAGAGCUACAGCACACACUAUUAAAAACAAUCCUACAAGGGAGUUAAGUCCCACAUUUCAAAGGUCAUCCCUUGAGAAAGGUUACACCAGAGAAAGUCCACGGAGUUCAAUACCCAGAUUUUCUGAGCAAAAAAGACUUCAAGAAGAGUCUUCAGAUGCUGUCUCUUCAUCCACAGCUAAGUUUGAAAUGGAGAAUGAGUAUGAACCAAGAAACUCAGUUUCAGAUCCUUACGAGGGAAGAUUUGUAUGGAGCCAGCAGAAUGUGGUCUCCAACAUCAUAGACAAGCAAGUGAGUAAUCCUUCAUCUGAAACUCUAAGCAGAUCUAAGCCUGCAGCCAGUAAAAGAACUGAAGCACCCAUGAGAGCCACUGAUGAUGAAAUCCUCAGCAUGAUACACCAAUUACAAAAAGAAGUUAAGCCUGUUAAACUAAGCGCUACUUCUACUCAUGCACCAUCACCUUAUAUGUCUGCAGCGGAACCUAAUAGGUAUGACAAAAAAGAGGCCAGCUCUUAUAUGAAAAAUGCCAAAAUUGAGCACAGUGCAAAUUUUGGUCAAAACAAAAGCUCAUUUAGCAAAGACAGUUUGAAAACAACAAACAAGCAAACAGUUCCAUACUCUUCUACCUCGAAGAGCAGUAGUAAAAAAGUUGAAACACCCUCAAGGGCUUCUGACGAUGAUAUUCUCAGCAUGAUACGUAAACUACAAAAAGAAGUUAAACCCACGAAAAUAAGCACUCAGAGCUCACAGUCAUCAUCAUCAUCCUACAUUCCUUCUGAGGAAUUAAGUAGAUACAGCAGGCAUGACAGUAGCACAUAUAAAGGGAACUCCCGAGCUGAACAACACCUCUCCCAAGAUUACAAUGAAAGUGCUUACACCACAAAUAUUUUAAAAGAACCAUUCAAGCACACCAGCGCCAAAGGCCAUACAGCCACUGCCCGUUCAGAAGCUGAGGUAGCUGAUCUUGCUGCGCUCUUGUUAGAGGCUGUGCAAAUGACAGUAGGUAAUAAGGGCUCUGAAGACAAUAGCAAAACAUCUUUAAAGCACGGUAAAUCAGGCUUUGCACAUCCUCCAUAUGAUGACCGCUAUUAACUUACUAGUCAUCCAAAGAGUUGAAAUGAAUACAUUUGAAAAAGUGGGUUAUUAUAGCACUAAUGAUAUACCAUUAAUAAAUUUUGUUUUUUUUUAAAAAAAGAUGUUGUCACUGAUAUAUGAUGAAAAUGUUUGAAAUCAUUUUUGUUAAUAUGCAGCAAAAAAAAAAAAAAAACUUUCACUACCUUAGGCUUUUAUUAUGUCUACUGUUAUUAAAAAAAAUAGUACAUAAAUCAAGCUUUCACUUAUGUAUAUUCAGAGUGUAAAGUUCAUUAACUCUUUCAAAUUCAUUUAUGUUCAGCCUUUAUUAUUUUAUACAUGUCAUUAAAAGCCUAUUAUUGUUAACCACAUUUUUCUUCUGCUUUGUUUUAAUUAGUUUAUUGAAAUCAAGGUAAAUUUGUUUAUUUUCACAAGCUUUUAUUUAGUUUGCAUUGUCUGUUUGCUUUUUGUGGGUUUGUGGCAAAUCUUGUAACUCAAUUUUGACCCACUUCUAAUGUACGGAUUUUGUUCAAAAAUUUCCAGAUGUGUUCUUCUAUGACAAUGCAAGAAUAUCUAAUUUUUAAUGUAUUAUUAGAAAGACAGCUUUUUAAAAAUUACUACAUUCAAUCAUAAAAGGGGAGAUAAUGAAAUAAAAUACUAGAGGGCGGUCAAGGGUGAACUGUUUAUCACCUCAUGGUUGGUUGAUUUCUCAUUGUCUACAAACAAAGUAGGGACAGAGAUCAUAAGCUACUGAUCAGGUUUAAAUGCAAAUAUUUUUAGUCUUAGCUUAUAUUGAAUGAAUGACUAUGAAUGAAAGUGGAAAAUAAAAUGAAAAAAUAAAAAGCUUUAUAAUAACAAGCUUUUAUAUGCACUGAAAAUAAGAAAAGAAAGCAAACUACAUUAGUAAAAGCUUUGGUUGCUAAAAUAUGUAAGAGUUCUCAUGAAUGACAAAAGCUUUUAUUAAUGAAGUUUAUUUUUUAAUUUUCAGUGUAUCUAAAAGCUUGUUACUAUAAAGAUUUGUUUGUUUUAUUUAAGUAUAUUUAUGAGAUUUUUCCCCUUUUUAACAACCACAAAAUAUUCUCCUUUUAUUUUGUAAAAAAGAUAAAUGUGUAGAUUGUUUUAUAUUAUUGCUUUUGAUUAAUUACAAUGAUUUAAAAAUUCUUGGUGUAUUAGUAUCAUAACAGAAUUAAAUAUUUGGUGAACUACAUUGAUAUGGUUUUUUUAUUUUUAGAAUUGUGUAAUUAUUCGUCUUAUUAUGCUCAAUAAUUCCAACUGGUAUUUGUUAUUAUGUAGUUUAAAACAUUAACUAAUUUGAUGUCAUCCAUAAAUGG